UCCCUUUACGUGCAGGGGGAACAUGGCGGAUCGGCUCACGCAGCUGCAAGACGCUGUGAACUCGCUUGCAGAUCAGUUUUGUAAUGCCAUUGGAGUGUUGCAACAAUGUGGUCCUCCUGCCUCUUUUAAUAAUAUUCAGACAGCAAUUAACAAAGACCAGCCAGCUAAUCCUACAGAAGAAUAUGCCCAGCUUUUUGCUGCACUGAUUGCACGAACAGCAAAAGACAUUGAUGUUUUGAUAGACUCCUUACCCAGUGAAGAAUCUACAGCUGCUUUACAGGCUGCUAGCUUAUAUAAGCUAGAAGAAGAAAAUCAUGAAGCUGCUACAUGUCUGGAAGAUGUUGUUUACCGAGGGGAUAUGCUUCUGGAAAAGAUACAAAGUGCACUUGCUGAUAUUGCUCAAUCACAACUGAAGACAAGAAGUGGUACCCAUAACCAGUCUCUUCCAGACUCAUAGCACCAUGUAGCUAAGAAAAGAACUGUUCAAGAAUUCUGUAUCAUAUUUAGAUAUAUGCCUUUCCAACAGUUUCAGAAACUUUGACAUGUGUUACCUUUGUAGCUAUUUUUAAUAGUCUUCUGUUUUUGCUCUUGGUAAAUACACUUACAAAUUUAUGGUUGAACCAACUUUAAAUCAUUGUUAUGCCAUCAUUUUUUUAUCUGAAUGAAUAAUGUUCAUAAUACAAUUAAACAUAUGCUAUAAA